CGCGGGGUGCCGCCAAUGAGAAGCGCUGCCCGGCGGGGAGGAAGCACCACACCUCCCGACCUCCCCACUGGCCCGCCCUCUGCGGCGGCGCGGCGGGAGACGCGCGCAGGAAGGGGCGGAGCUACGAGGACGGCGUCCGUGCGCGAUCUCGCGAGAGCAGUAGACGACGGAAGUACAGUUUGCAGGAUGCGGUUCCUGGUUGCGUUGGUCCUGGUGGUGGUUGCCGCGGCGGAAGACAAUGAGCGCACUUCUCUUCCGUCACCUGCUGAGAAGGCAAAGACUGAAAGAAAAGUCUCCAACAAGCCCUCUUCCAUCCUCCUGCCUCAGAAUGGUUCACAGGCUCUGAUACAGCACAUGGCUGUCAGCUCUGCUCCGUCAGACCCACCGCCACAGUCCAUAGGAGACAACUCCAGCCGGUCAGAUGAUGACCACCCGUCCACAGAAAGUCCUAGAGAGUUGAAUGAGGAGCACCAGUCCAUGGAAAACAGUUCUAACAAGACAGAUAAUGACCACCACUCCACAGAAAACAGUACUGAAAACUUGGAAAAGGAGCACAAGUCCACGGAAAAAAGGCCUGACAAGUCAGAUAAGGACCAACACUCCACGGAAAAAAGUCCUAACAAGUCAGAUAGGGACCAACACUCCACGGAAAAAAGUCCUGACAAGUCAGAUAAGGAGCACAUGCCCACAGAAGACAGUUCUGGCAAGUCGGAUUGGGAGCAGCAGUCCACAAAAGACAGCUCUGAACUUGAAGGGGGUUCUCCACCCAAAGAAGAGAAGGAAAUGCCGGGUCCUGCCUCUGGAGAGAACCUUGAAGGGACCCUUUGGGAUUCCAUAAACAGGAAGAAGGAUGACCUUUAUAAGGACAAUCUUGGAAGUGCGGAGAGCAGUCACUUCUUUGCAUAUCUGGUGACUGCAGCCAUUCUCGUUGCUGUUCUUUAUAUUGCCUAUCACAACAAGCGGAAGAUUAUUGCUUUUGCCCUGGAAGGAAAAAAAACCAAACCUACUCGGCGACCAAAGGCCAGUGACUACCAGCUUUUGGACCAGAAGAUUUGAUCUUUCUGUUUUUGAGAACCUCAUCCUCCCUGCUGAUUUGUUUAUAAAUCAAGAUAAAUGAAGAUAAAAGUACUGUGAACUAAGAAAUACCCUCUAGGGUUUGGUGGCCAAUCCGAGCUGGCAGAGAUCGGGGGUGGGGAGCAUGGCUUUGGUUUUUGCACCUGCACUUUAGUGACCCUGUACUCCUUUGUUCCCGUUAUUUACACUGGUGUCUUCCAUCUUCCCCCUCUGAGUAUGAGUAGAAGGAGCGAGCAGGUGGGAACCCAGUUUUGGUAAAUGGAGGUCCCAGCCCCUGGCAGGCUAGUGCUGCUGGCUGCCCUGGGCACCUUGGGCCUCGGCUCUGUAGUGAAAUUACCCCUAGAAAGUAGCAUUGCACUCGCCACUAUUUAUUUUUGCAGACCUAAGAGAAAACUCAGCUGCUUGAGAUACUUUCCCCCAGGGCCUCUUUCUUUGGGGGGAUGUGCCCUACAAGAGAUCUACCAGGUGAAUGCUGUUGGGCAAAGAGCUACAUUAAACACAUAAUUCUUUUCAAAUGCUUCCGCAGCAAACCAAAACAAUAGCUUUAAAAAAUGCUUUGCUGCCUGCAGGCUCAACCUGUCCAGCACAUUUUCCUAUUAUGUAAGACAAAGUGAAUCAGCUUCCAUUUGGUUGAUACUGAGUAUAAAACUGAACUUGGGGCUUCUGGGAGUUAGAGCUGUAAAGCCACUGUUCCCAUUGCAGAUUUUUAGAAAUAAAGUUGUGAUUGUUGAAA